UAGAGCUUGAUUUGGAAAAUAGAAAACUGUAACGUACAGUGGUAUCCGCGUAUUUGGCUGCAUCAUUUCGUUUUGAGUGAACCUCCACCAGAAAAUUAAAGACUGAUGAAUAAAAUCCGCUGAGAAAGAAAAACGCCCACAGAGACACACAAACCGAUACCGAGAUUAGGGAAAAGAGAAAAGAAAAAAAAGGAAAAAGACUUCUGUCAUUUCAUCUUAUCUCAUCGGGGUGCUUCUUCACCGUGGGCCUCUUCUUUCUUGCUUCCAUGGAUAGUGAUUUCUGGACCUCUCGCAUCGCUGCUGCCAAGCGCCAAUUCAAUUUGCAGAAUCACCAUCACACAAGCUACAAUACCAAUAGCCGCCACAUCUCUCAAUUGGAUCGGUUAAACAUAGAUGAGGUGGAGGUUGAAGAAGAGGCCCGACCCGAUUUCCCAUGCCCUUAUUGUUACGAAGACUUUGACAUCACCUCCCUCUGCUCUCAUCUUGAAGAUGAGCAUUCUUGCGAGUCCAAACCUACCAUUUGCCCCAUUUGUUCUGUUAAAGUUUCCAGGGACAUGUUAAAUCAUAUUACACUGCAACAUGGACACUUAUUCAAGCUACAGCGGAGGCGAAGGUUACGUAAGGUCGCAAUUCCGAGCAGUCAGGCGGCAUUCUCUUUACUAGGGAAGGAUCUUCGCGAAGCCCAUCUGCAGGUGCUUCUGGGAGGAGGAAGCAGUGGGUUUCGGUCAACCACUGCCACAACUUCAUCUUCAUCUGUGGAUCCCUUCCUCUCUUCUCUUGUGCUUAACUUCCCCGUUUCUGAAGCUGAUGAGAUCUCUUCCAAGCCUGAGGAUACUUGUAUGAAGAGCGAGGCAUCUCGACACACAUGGAAGUUAUGUUUUGAUCCGUCUCUUAGUUAUGAAGAACGGGAAGAAAAGAUAAAGCAGGCGAACGGGAGAGCUUUUUUCCUGCAGGAUUUGUUUGCCUCUGCUUUGUUAGCUGAGUAAGUUCAAAUUUUGCAAAUAAUAAUAGUUGUGUCAAUUCAUUGUUAUAUGUAGAUUUGACACUCAUGUAACUGUAAUAUUAUUGCCUUCUCUCCAAGUUUGGAAUAUACCUGCUGUUGAUUCCACUGUUGUGAUCUUAUUAUAUGGGGACAAUGGGGUUUUGCAACUUUAGUUUUGUGACUAUUUUGUCAAUUACAUUUAAUAGUCGCAUUUUUGUCAAUGACAUUUGAUAGUCGCUUUAUUUUUCUAA